UAUAUCUGUCUUGUGUCUUAUCUUUCCAUUCCAAAAAUAAUUUACAGAAAAAUAUGGCAUCUUUUAUACAUGGUUUGAAUUGCAAUUAAUUACAAUUAAUUAAUUUUUAAGCUUUAAUGAACUCGAUUAAAAAUUUUAAUCGUUUGACAGCCCUAAUUUUUUUAUGCUGUCGCAGGCACGUUAAUGAAUUUCAGUAGUAUCGAAUCGGUACUUGGUAUCAGCAGAUCUUCAAAAUCAGGAGACCCGAACUCGAGUGCUAAAAUAUGUGAUCGGAACAACCUUACAACCUGUCUUUCUCACAUCUUGUAGUCAACUUGCAAAGACUCAAUUUUGAACUUGAGUCCCAGAAAUCUCCAUCACGUCUCAGUGAUUUCUGCUGUCGGGCCAGUCUCGGUCUGGAUUGGGGUUUCGAGCAUAACACUUCUGCCUGGUAACUGAACACCUUUGUUAAAUAGACUUCCUGGUCCAACCAGGUGUAAAGAUGUAAACUGAGAACUAUGUGCAAACAAGCUUAUAGCGGCUCCUGUUCUUUGCACAAAGACACCACUGGCCUGAGGGGAGUUUUGUUUCCUAGCAACAGGAUUCAAUUCCCUAGCCCUCCCCUUGUCCUGUACACACAACAGGUGAACUCCUCCCUCUCCGUCGGGAUGUCAGUCUUCCCAAACGGGACUCGAUUCUUUCCUUGGACAGUCGCUCCGGCAGCAGGACACGAUGGACAACUCUUGCCUGGAGAUGCUGGGCCUUUCGUUAACUCUCAUCGGGCUAAUCGGGGCGGCAGCCAGCACUGGGAUGCCCAUGUGGCGAGUCACGGCCUUCAUUGGCGAGAACAUCAUUGUUUUCGAGACCCGUUACGAAGGCCUUUGGAUGAACUGCUUCAAGCAGGCUGACAUCAGGAUGCAGUGUAAGGUCUACGACUCCCUGCUGGCCUUGCCUCCGGACCUCCAGGCGGCUCGGGGUCUCAUGUGCUGCUCCCUGGCGUUGGGCGGCUUGGGGCUGCUGGUCAGCCUGGUGGGACUGCGCUGCACGUCGUGUAUCCAGAACGACGACCGAACUAAGAGAAUGGUUCUCAUCGCCGCGGGGUGCAUGAUUUUCAUGGCGUGCAUCUGCGUCCUGAUCCCCGUAUCCUGGACCGGUCACGUUAUCAUCACGGACUUUUACAACCCCUUGUUGAUCGACGCCCAGCGGAGGGAGCUUGGGGAAGCACUAUACAUCGGAUGGGUGUCUGGCGCCUUCCUAUUCGCCGGGGGGUGCUUGUUCACCUGCUGCAACGUGGUGACGGAAGACAAAGACUCCAGGAGCUACAUCUACUCCCGGAACUCGGACUACGUUGCGUAUCCUCCUCAACCGAUCCAGCCUCUGCAGCCUCAGCAGUUGGUGAUGCUCCCCCAAGUCCAGCCCCAGCCGGUUCUUUCCAGACACCCUUCCGCUAGCUACAGCUACCAGUCCAGAUACCCGUCCAGGUACCCAUCUGUGCGCAGCGGGGUGGCAGUAGCGGGUGCUGCUGGGCCCCUCCACCACACACACUUUGAGCUUCCCCUUGAAAGACCAGUAUCAGUCACUGAUACCACUUCAGGCAGCUUUUCUGGAGGACUGAAGGUUUCUGUCAGGGUUUACGAUCGUUCCGCGAUGGUUCAAGGAAUUUGUGAGAUCGCCGCCAUGUGCGUGGGCUUAGUGGGGCUCAUCGGAGCCGCCGCCACCACCGGAAUGCCCACCUGGAAGGUGACGGCGUUCAUCGGGGAGAACAUCGUAGUCAUGGAGAGCCGCUGGGAGGGCUUGUGGAUGAACUGCUACCGGCAAGCCAACAUCAGGAUGCAGUGCAAGGUCUACGACUCUCUGCUUUUCCUGCCGGCCGAACUGCAGGCCGCCAGGGGCCUCAUGUGCUGCUCCCUGGCUCUAUCCGGGUUGGGCCUCCUGUUGGCUACAUCGGGCCUGCGCUGCACUUCUUGCUUCCGCGGAAACCGCAGAGUCAAAGCGGCCAUCUUGGCAACGGCGGGCGGCGCGCAACUCCUGGCUUCCGUCUGCGUCUUCAUCCCCGUCUCGUGGACGGGCCACGUGAUUAUCCGCGACUUCUACAAUCCGUUGCUGAUCGACGCCCAGAGGAGGGAACUGGGGGACGCGCUUUACGUGGGAUGGGUUACGGGAGCCUUUCUCUUUAGCUCCGGCUUGUUGUUCAUCUGCGGUCUACGGGGAUCGGACCAACGGGUAUCGGACCAAAAGCCGCUUCCGAUGAGCUACCAGGCAAUCCCGAGCGGUCUCGCGUCUGACCACCUCGUUGACCCUCGGAUCGCAAGUGGCGACCCCGUUUUCCUCCAACAACCUGAAAGCGGGUCGCUCUUGUAUCAAGGCAGAUCAGGUCCACUGUCCCACCCGUUAACCGGCAUCUACACACCGAUCAACUCUUUGUACCUGAGCCAGAACAGUACGCCGUACACGCUAACGUACAACCCGACCUUGUCCUACCAAUCGAGUUUCCACCCGACACCUCAAGCUAGUGUUUUUAUUCCGUAUAAAGCGUCUAGAAUUGAACCGCCGUCUCACAGUGGGAGUAGCCCGGGAGUGUACAUCUGAAAACAGCUAAAAUUUUGUUAGCUAGCUAGCCUAUGUAUAGCUAAAAAGUUGUUCUGUGAUAACAGUGGCGUCAAAUCGGGGUGGGAGGCAGAGUGUGGUUGAGCAUCUGCCCCUUUGCCUCUACAUGCCCAAAGUGCCCCUUUUGACUUUUUUUAUGCGUAUCUGUGUGGUGGCCGACUGUGCAGGCACGCCACCGAGUACUUUACUUGAACACCGAAAACACCUUUAAAAAAUAUUAAUUUAAAAAAAAAAAAGCCUCUGUGACCUGGGUGUGUGGUAAGGAGUCUGAGGACAUCUGGUGGUUGAAAACAAACAGUGUUACCCUAUUAAACCAUCUUCGAACAAAUACUGUAGUCAGGGCCGGCCCAGGCCAUUUGGGGGCCCUAAGCAAAAUAAUGCAAAGGGGCCCAUAUUUUUGGCCCACCAUUUCGUCACAGUGUACUGUGAAACCCAUACAUGCAAUCCAACCUAUAUGUCCAUAUUUUGUAUAUUAAUCUGAUUUUGUUGCACUGCAUUCUUCAAACUUCUCACCCCAAAUGAUUGUCAGUACUUACAGUAGAUAGCGCCAAACCUUUUUCUAAAAGGGGAAAUAAAGAAGUUAAGGAAGGACUUUUAUUUUUUUAAGCUUGUAAUCAAGUAUCAAAACCAAAAAAAAUCAAAUAAAGCAAACUGUAGUAAACAAAAUAGAAUAUAAAUUAAACAAUUGCCAAAUUGGGGGCCCCCUAGUGGUCAGGGGCCCUAAGCAGCUGCAUAGUCUGCGUAUAGCCUGGGCCGGCCCUGUAGUGAAAAUUCUUACACCGGGUUCAUUGUGGGGAUUUUUAAAACAUAAUAAUAUGUAAUUUUCUCUUAUAAAGUUUUCUACUUUAAUAAUGAAUUUUUAAAGUAGCUCCAAGACUAUUUCGACCUCAUGUUUCAACCAUAUUUGUCCGUUCUCUUCAUAUCGUUAUCUAGAAAGGUACACAUCUUUAAGUUCUCUAAUAAUGAAAUAAUAGUUUUGAAAAAAACUGCUGAUUGUGGCUCAGUGACCAUCUAAUUUGGUUUUUUCUCAGAUGAACAACAAGUUGAGUAAGAAAGUUUUGAUAUAGAGGUUGAAGGAGGCAAAGACUGACUGAGUCAUAGCUAGAAAGUGUUGAUGACAGUGUUGAUUUCUAUUCAUUGUUAAAGUCUGUCACAGUCACAGCCAAUUAUACUGUAAAGCUGGUUAAAACUGGAAGUUAUGUUGUUGUAAGGUGUAUUACAUUUUUGUUCAUGUGCCCCUUUUGAUCCAUGAGCACCCCCCCCCCCCCAAUCGGUCUCUGCACGGCCGUCCUGGGUACCUCACGAUCCGAUUUGCGAUACAAGGCUCACGAUAACGAUGAUCUCGCGAUGUGGCGACGAUUAUCGAUACUCAGGUCAUGAAAUCUACGAUAUGCCACAAAACAACUAAUAAACAGAGAAACAAGCGAUUUUCAUCCUUUUUCUGUGAAUUGCAAUGAGUUUGUCCAAUCCAUUUGAAGUGGGAGGGAUGGCAGUGAAUGAACGGAUUGGAUGUCCAUGGUCGUCAAAUGGUAGCCAAGGAGGUAAUUUUCAGGGCAUUUUAGGACAUUUUCUGUUCAUUUUGGGUCAUUCUAUAGCUUUUGGGACAUGUAGGCUCAUUUCCUGUUGAUUUGGGGUUACUGAAUGAGUUUAUCACCAGUAGACGUCCAAUCCAUUUGACGUAGGAGGGUGGCAGCGAAUGAGUGUCAAUUGACUAUGUCAAUAGCCUGAUUAGCCAUUAAAAAUGGAUUGCAAUUUGUGAGCU